AGAACCGAGCUGACAGACAAGAAACAUCAACGUUUGACAGUUUGCCACUGUUUGAUUAUUGAAAAAACAACACAGAACAGCAUUAAUAAAGGCAAUUCUUCGGUAUCUCCAUGGCUUGCGGCUUCAGUUCAAGCGCUCUGUGUGUGUCGGAGGGAAGGAUGCGCGGCUGAAGAUUUAAGUCCGGAGAGACUGAAGCAUCCGCAUCCUGAACAUCCCGAUAGACAAUCACAACGAUGAUGGAGGGGCGACACGAGUUUUUAUGCGGUGUUGUUGAGGGUUUCUAUGGGAGACCCUGGUCAAUGGAACAAAGGAAGGUACUAUUUCAGUGGAUGCAGAUGUGGAAUUUGAACACAUAUCUGUAUGGUCCUAAAGAUGAUCUGAAGCACAGGUUACUAUGGAGGGAGGUUUAUUCAGCAGAGGAAGAGGCUCAGUUGAAAGCUUUGGUAUGUGAGGCAGUGUCGAGGGGUCUGACAUUUGUAUAUGCUCUUUCUCCGGGUCAGGACAUCGUCUUCUCCAGCUCUUGGGACCUCACACUGCUUAAACGCAAACUCAGACAGGUGUCAGACCUGGGCUGUCAGGCUUUUGCCCUCCUAUUCGAUGACAUUGAUCACUCCAUGUGCCAGUCAGAUACAGAGGCCUUUUCCUCAUUCGCUCAUGCCCAGGUCACUGUGGCCAAUGAGAUCUUCCAUUUCCUGGGGGAACCACCUGUCUUCCUAUUCUGUCCCACUGAGUACUGUAGUUCUCUCUGCACUCCUAGUGUGUCAAAGUCUCCCUACCUGCUGACUAUUGGGGAGAAUCUUCUCCCUGGCAUCUCUGUCAUCUGGACCGGGAAUAAGGUGAUAUCACGGGAACUGAGUCCUGAAUCACUAGCUGAGGUCCAGUCAGUGCUUCGACGGCCACCCCUCAUUUGGGAUAACCUCCAUGCUAAUGAUUAUGACUCCCGACGUGUCUUCCUGGGGCCUUUUAAGGGCCGCCCCCCCGGACUCAGGGCCCAUCUGAGGGGUCUGCUGCUAAAUCCGAACUGCGAAUUUGAAGCCAAUUUCAUCCCUCUGCAUACCCUUGGAAGCUGGUAUAAAGAAGGAAAAGAGGAGGGGAAAGGUGAUGAAGAGGCCUAUAGUGUGGACAGAGUGUUGUCAGCUGCCCUGCAAGACUGGAUGAAGGAGCUCAGCCUUCCUCUACAGCCUGGACGUCAGGUGAGGCCAACAGACCUCAAGCCCUCAAUGCUCUCUGUUAAAUCAAAGUCCUCCGAUAGCUCAGACAAUCAACAUGGAGCCCAGCCUAAAUGUCCCAUAACCUCUUCCCAGAGCACAGGGGCUCUUGCUAGCGAUGAAAUCCCAGCAGACCCUGUUAUGAACCAGGAUCUGAAAGCUGGGGAGAACCAGGUCUCCAGGAGCUUCAGUCAUGAAAAGACGCCUAGAAGAGGACUGUGUUCUGGAAGCGUUCCUCUCAGCGAGGCCCAGGUCCGGCUGCUUGUAGGCCUGUACUACCUGCCGCACGAACACGGACCACCCGCUCAGAAUCUGCUGCAGGACCUCACGUGGCUCAAAGCCAACUGUCACUGCGUCAGUGUCAAUGGCAACGGCAAGAAGGUCUCGUCACAGAAGGUAGAGGAAUGGCGGGACCGUGCUGGCCGUUUCCUCGCUGCGUGUGAUGAUGUGGCAUUACUGCACAGUGCUGUUGUGAACAGCAUCAAUAGGGCUCUUCUCUACGAUCUUUACCCUUACAUCUGGGACCUGAGAAACACCCUGCUGGUAGCCAAGGCUUUCAUCUGUUGGCUAGAGGGUCGUAUACUGAAUGAAGGUUCUCCACUUGGCUCCUGGAAGAACUGCUUCCACUGGUGUGGAGCUUCCUCAGGGGCGGAGCUCCAUGGUGUGGAGGCGGAGCCAUGGGUGUUUAAAGGGGGACUAUCUGGAGAGGUGCAGAUGCUUCUGCCUGUGGGGACCAGCAGUGAGUUGUUCAGUCACCCUCCCCCUCUGUUCCCCACCUCUCGACUUUAUAAUAUACGGCCAUUCCAGCAAAAAGACAAGGUGGAGCUGUACCGAAUGGUGCGUCAGUUGCAUCAGAGGGGUAAAGGGAGCCAGGACGCAGCCAUCUCCCAUCCAGAUUUUAUUGGGGACAGGUGUCUAGGUGCAUCUCUGGCCUUGUGCCCAGAGUACAGCUUGGUUCUGGAGGAUGAACUGGGUGUAUGUGGGUGCGCUGUGGGUAUUCUGGAUGUCUGCUCCUUUGCCAAACGAUGUCAGGCCACCUGGCUACCUGCUAUGAGGGACAAAUAUCCUUCACGCCCCCAUGGAGCAAGUGGACAUACUGCAACAAAGGAGGUGCUGCUGUAUUUCCAUGAAGAACAGGACUAUCCAGACUCCCUGCUGUAUCAUUUCCCAUCUCAGCUCAGGCUUGAGGCUCUUCCUGAACUGGUGGACUGUAGUGUCAGUCGUAGCCUCCUCACAGCCCUGCUAAUGGCCCUCAAAGCUAAUAGUUCACAGGGUGUAUUUUGCGAGGUCCAGCCUACAGAUGGAUUACGGAUAGAAUUUCUGACAAAGCUGGGAUUUCUGGAGAUCCUCCGUGGAGAAGCACGGCCUAGAGAGGGCGUAGUUUUGGGGAGGCUGUUAUAAGCAAAAAGCCAAAAUACACAGGAUCCAGUGGGGGAAAAAAAAAAUCAGAUUUUAGAUGAACAUGUUGCCAUGUUUGAGGCU